UGUGUCUGUGUGUCGUAUGUAUCGUCAAUCUCUGUCUUAUCUAUAAUCUCCCUCCCUAUCUCAGCCUCUCAACUCUCCUUCCCACCUUCUCGUCAUCAACAAAUCCAAGAAAAAACACUCCUUUUCUAACUGAUUCCAAUUGGGUUUUUGAUUUAGACCUAUAAUUUCAAAACCCAGUUGUCUGAUUUUUACUAGGCUCUCUUUUCCCUUUCCUUUCAGUCUUGUAUUGGGGUUCAAGAACUAUCAUUUAUCACUCUGGAUUGAUUUGGGUAGAAUGAAGGGUGUUAGAGAUUGGGUUUUUGGUCAGCUAUUAUCUAAGUCUUUGGCUUCAACUAGACCUUUGUCAGGCAGUGGCAGUUUCUUAAGCGAGGAGCCUGUUAAUGAAGAUUCUGAUGACCCAGGUUACAUGGCCCGGUCAGAGUCUUCAUCACCAACUUCUGAUACUUCAUGCUCUUCUAGCUGCAAUCAAGAAACUGGGUCUCCUCAAUCUCUGCAGCAAGUGGCUGAAGAUUCUUGCCAAUCUAUUCAUGGGGUUGAGGUAAAGAAAUCGGAUCCAUUGACCAAGAUUGAGGAUCUCCGAAUCAACUUCUUCCGCCUUCUUCUAAGGUUUGGGCAGUCACAUGACAAUCUUCUGGUGGCAAAGGUUUUGCAUAGAUUGCAGCUAGCAGCUUCAAUACGAGCAGAGGAAAUGAAUUUAAUAAGAGUUAAAGUUGAUAGAUCUAGAGCUGUAGCAGCAGAACAAGAGGCAUCUGGAAUACCCGAAUUGAACUCCUCUCUUAGAAUACUCGUGUUGGGUAAAACAGGUGUUGGAAAGAGUGCAACUAUAAAUUCUGUAUUUGAUCAAACAAAGGCACUGACUGAUGCAUUUCAACCAGCCACUAUUCACAUCAAAGAGGUUGUGGGGUCUAUCAAUGGGGUCAAAGUAACAUUUAUUGACACCCCUGGUUUUUUACCUUCAUCCACAAGUAAUUUGAGAAGAAAUAGGAAGAUUAUGUUUUCUGUUAGGAGAUUCAUUAGGAAAUCACCACCGGACAUUGUUCUAUUCUUUGAACGCCUGGACCUCAUCAACACGGGUUACUGUGACUUCCCCCUUCUGAAGCUUAUGACUGAAGUCUUUGGCAAUGCCUUUUGGUUUAAUACCAUCCUUGUCAUGACUCACGGUUCUGCAACUCCUGAAGGACCUAGUGGAUUUCCUAUUACCUAUGAAUCAUAUGUGACCCAAUGUGCAGAUUUGAUGCAGCAUUACAUAAAUCAGGCAGUAUCCGACUCAAAACUCGAAAACCCGGUAGUUUUAGUGGAGAAUGAUCCUCACUGUAAAAAGAACUUCAUGGGGGAAAGUGUUCUUCCCAAUGGACAAGUUUGGAAAUCUCAUUUCUUAUUAUUAUGCAUAUGCACCAAAGUUCUUGGCAAUGCUAAUACCCUCUUGGAUUUCGAAGGUAGCAUUGAAUUGGGGCCAUUGAUUACCCCCCGGGUGCCUUCUCUGCCCCAUCUUCUCUCAUCUCUUCUAAAGCAUCGCUCUACAACAGACUCAACUGGAGUGGAACAGGAUGCUGAUGAGAUUUUACUUUCAGAUGCAGAGGAGGAAGAUGACUACAAUCAACUACCUCCAAUCCGAAUCCUGACAAAAUCACAGUUUGAAAAGUUGACUAAAUCCCAGAAAAAAGACUACCUUGACGAGCUGGAUUACCGGGAAACACUAUAUUUGAAAAAACAAUUAAAAGAAGAGUCUCAGAGGCGGAGGGAGAGGAGGCUUUCCGGAGAGGAAGAUUGUGGAGUGGGGGAUAAUUCUGAUCACCAGCAAGCCUCUCCUGAGGCUGUUUUGUUACCUGAUAUGGCAGUCCCUCCAAGUUUUGACUCAGAUUGCACCAUACACAAGUAUCGCUGCCUUGUCACAAGUGACCAGUGGCUUGUGAGACCUGUUCUUGAUCCUCAUGGAUGGGACCACGACGUGGGCUUUGAUGGUGUAAACUUGGAGACAGCUAUAGAAAUAAGAAGGAAUGUAUAUGCCUCAAUCACAGGACAGAUGAGCAAGGACAAGCAGGAUUUCAGUAUUCAUUCUGAGUGCGCUGCAGCUUAUGCAGAUCCUAGGGGCCGAACUUAUUCUGCAGCCCUUGAUGUUCAGACUUCGUCUGGCAAAGGUAUGAUCUAUACAGUUCAUAGCAACACAAAGCUGAGGAAUCUGAAGCAAAAUGUUAUUGAAUGUGGAGUUUCCUUGACAUCCUAUGAUAACAAGUACUAUGUUGGUGCCAAGCUUGAAGAUACAAUCUCGGUUGGGAAGCGACUCAAAGUUGUAGUGAAUGCUGGCCAAAUGAGGGGCCCUGAACAAGUGGCAUAUGGUGGGAGUUUAGAGGCCACGUUAAAAGGGGGAGACUACCCUGUGAGGGAUGAUAGAAUCAGUCUGUCAAUGUCAGCUCUCUCCUUUAAGAAUGAGAUGGUGUUGGGUGGAGGUUUUCAGUCUGAGUUUAGACCAAUCCGAGGCAUGAGAAUGGCUGUUAAUGCCAAUCUGAAUAGCCAGAACAUGGGGCAAGUUAAUAUAAAGAUUAGCAGCUCAGUGCACAUUGAAAUUGCUCUCGUUGCUAUUUUCUCAAUUUUCAAGGCCAUUUUGCGUAAGAAAGUGACUGAAAACAAAAGCAGGGAACUAUUGAAGAUGGGAUGAGUCUUUGUUGUCCUCUUCUUACCUUGAUUUUCUUUGUUCGGCUAUGGAACCAUUGCCAGAAAGCUGUUUAUUUACUUAACUAGUGCAAAUCGUCCUUCCACAUGAAGAAGUAGAGUGAAGAGCUAAGUUUUGCCGAGGCUGUUCAAAUUUAUUUUUUCUGCCCCACAAUUUUUUAAUGAGUCUUUCAAUGCGGCUAGAUAGUGAUAUAUUGUUUCCAUGUUACUUGAAUAUACAACUGGCCCGCCAGCCGGGGGCUGAGAGCUUUGUAACUAGUAAAUUGUUUGUUAUAUUUGUACAGGAAAUUGGAAAAUAAGUAUGUACACUUUGAUCCA